UCAAUUUUUCUCCUUCCAGUAAACACUUUUCCUCUCUAAAUGUUCAACACACAAAUGCUUCCUUUUGUUCCUGUUAAUCUUGCAUCGUGAAUACACUCUCCAACAUGGUAUCAGAGCGUCGAUGGACCAGCUACGCCGCCGCACUUUCAGCCACCGGAGAGAUGAGCGCAGCCGGGAAUCAGUCCUCGCCGGCAAAUCGAUCUCCACUUCGAACACCGCCGGCACUAACUCCGCACAGGAAUACAUCAAUUCCGGCGAUUCUUCGAAGCUCAGACGGUCGCUCAGAUAGUCUUGAUGAUCCAUUGUUUCUCCACGUGAACGAGAAUCCGAGUGCGAUUCUCGUCAAUCCUCCCCUGUCAACUACAAACUACAACACCUGGAGCAUUGCAAUGCGAAUGGCGUUGGAAAUCAAGAACAAGUGGGCGCUGGUAGAUGGAAGCAUUCCAGUCCCAAAUUCAGACCAACCGAAUUACAGUAGCUGGAAGAGAUGCAAUUUGAUAGUAAGUUCCUGGAUUCUUAAGUCCCUUAGCCCUUCAAUUGCACAAAGUGUGAUGUAUCUCAAACAUGCUAAAGAAAUUUGGGAUGACCUAAAGCGUAGAUUCUCUCAGGGAGAUCCACAUCGGAUCUCUCAAUUACAAGAUGAGAUAUAUAAACUAAAUCAAGGAAAUAUGAGUGUCACAGAUUACUACACCAAGUGUAGAACACUCUGGGAAGAAAUGAGUGACAUGAGGCCUCUUCCAAUGUGCAAGUGUUCAUGUGAUUUAGUUGAUAUAAUAAGGAAAGAACGUGAGGAAGAUCAGGUCAUUCGCUUCCUGAUGGGGUUGAAUGAAGAGUUUAGCACACUCAAAUCAGGUGUCCUAGUUAUUGAUCCACUGCCAGAAGUGCACAAAGUGUUUGCCAUGGCAUUAAAAGUGGAAAGACAAUUGAACUUAGCCAAUCUAGGGCUAAAUAAUCUUGAAAUCAGCACUGCUAAUGCUAUACAAGGAUCUCAAAAUACCUCUGCCAAUGAAGAGGUAGUAGCUGCUGUCAACAACUUUACUGGAAAAAGGAGUUUCAACUCUAUUAAUGGGAAUGUAAAAACUGCUAAAUGUACCUACUGUGGUAUGAAUGGUCACACGGUAGACAAAUGCUACAAGAAACAUGGAUAUCCUCCGGGAUGGGUUCCAGGUUACAAAUCCAAAGGGAAACAAUACCAGCAAGGGCAAUCAGCAGCUGCAGUUUCUGUGAACUCAACCCCUACUAGCCUAUCAGCUGAUCAAGUUCAGAAGUUACUCUCACUAUUACACACUCAAGGUGACCAACACCCCUCUACUGCAGCUACUGUAUCUAUUUCUCCCAGUGCAAGGCUUAUCCCAGACUUCAGCUCCAAUGCAGAAGGUACUACAGGAGGACAAUCUUGGAAUGAUGACUGGUUUUGCUAAAGAGCAAGGGGGACUCUACUUACUGCUGCAACCCCCAGUGAAGAAACCUUUGAGAAAUAGUAGCAAUAGUGUAAUGCAUUGUAAUGUUGUCAGUGCCAAGAUUUGGCAUCAACGGUUGGGACAUUUUCCCUCUAAUAAAAUGCAUUUGUUA